AUGGGAUUUGGGAGUUUGUUACGGAUGAAGACGAUUGACAUACCGUUAAAGAUUGUUUAUUAUGUUCUUGAUCAUUUUAAUUUUGAAACUUUGAAGGUGGAUUUUGAGAAUUGUCAAGUUAGUGUUGAUAGUAAAUUUGUUCAUGAGAUGUUAGGAUUACCAUAUCGUGGCUCAUUACUUUCAAACAUGGAUUACAUUUCCGAGAAUAAUGAAGAGAGUUUUAUGUUUGAGUGGAAGAAACAGUAUGGAAAUAUUGAUAAAUUGAGAUUGAAACAGCUAAGGAAUGAACUUGUUCGAACUAGUGCAGCGGAUGAUAACUUUAGAAUCAAUUUUUUGGUUCUUUUUAUUAAUACAUUCUAUGAGUCUACAAGCAUGGGUAAAUGUAAUCUGAAUCAAUUGUAUUUAAUCAGAAGAGAUACUGAUUUAAGUAGCAUUGAUUGGUGCAAUUUCAUUGUCAAUUGUUUGGUAAUGACGAAGAAGGUUUACAACCCAGAGAAAAAACCAUCUUUCUUUUAUGGACCAACAACAUACCUUAUGAUAAGGUUUCUUGAGAAUAGUUUACAAGAGAAUGGAGGAUUUGGAUGUGGGGAUGUUAGUGAAACAUAUGUUGAAGAAGAAUCUCAAGAAUCUGAGUAUAAUGAGGAGAAAUCUGACGAUGAUGAGGAUGAAUUUGAUGGUGAUGAGGAUUUAUCUGGUGAGGAUGAAGAAGAGUUUGAUGUUAAUAAAGUUAGUGUUGUAGAGGUUUUGGAGAAAAAUGAAUUUGAUGAUGGGACUAUAAAUUUGGGAGAGGAUGAUCAUAACAAAGAAGUAAUGCCAGAUCGUACUGUUGAGAAAGUUAUUGUAGAAAAGAAGAAAAAAGAUGAAUUAAUUCAUCCAAGUUUAUUGAAAGGUUUUUCUAAAGUGUUAGUAGAAAUUUCUAAAGCAAAGAAGGAUGUAGAAGGUGUGGUAGAAGAAACUACUAAAGAAUGUUUACAAAUUAUACAACGGAAUGAUUCAAAUGAGACUCAAUCAUUGAAAACGAACAAAGCAGAAGGGAAAGUUGAGAAGUUUUAUGAUCAAACUUUUAGCCCUAGAUUUAGUCAAGAUUCUCAAGGAUCCAAGAAGGUAUCUCAAAGUCAAAGUUCACUUGGACGGAUGACAAAGAAAAAGAAUAAGGAUAGAGUUUAUUUGGGAAAACCAAUUGUUGGGUCACAGUGUGUUGUUCCAAAUGUUGAUGUUAUUGAUGCUAGUCCAGUUUCUUUUGCACCCCCUUUGGGUACAUUAGAAGUACCAUCAAAUCCAAUUUCUGACCAAGUUAUAGUGAUAAAUGAAAAAAGUCCAUCAAAAGCAAAGUCUGACAAACCUAAAGAUAUAAAUGUAGAAGGAACAUCAGAAGUAGAUGUCAAAGGAAAGAGUGAAAUGAAGUUUUGUUAUGAUUAUAAGUCACCUUUUAAGGAAAGGUUAAUUGAUUUUAAACCAAGUUUGACACAAGUAGAAUUUUUUUUUGUGAAUGGCUUUUCAGUCUUCAAGGAAAUCCAGGAUAUUAUGGGUUUUAGAGCUAAUUACAAAAGUAACUAUAAGAAAACCUAUUUCCAUGUAAGUGUUUUUGAUUCAUGGUCUCGUAUACUAAAUCAUGAAGAAAAAUUCAGAGAUGUUACUAAUUCUCCAGUCAGAUUGUUCAUAAGUGUUGAUACUACUUUUCCACUUGAAUAUAAUCAUAUAAAGGAAAUUGGAAAGUAUAAAGUUUUCAAGGACAACAUCUCUAUUAGUGUUUCUGGUGACAGAGACUUGUAG